AUGUUCGCUGGGCAGUCCUCAUCCUCAUCAGCGGGAAGGAAUCCCCCGCCCGCGCCGUCGUCGAGCACAGCCACAACGACGACUUCCGCGUCCCAGCAUCUCAGCGCCUCGAGCGCGGCGCGCGGGCAGCACUCCCAGUCCUCCAACACAUCCAUCUCCGGGCUGCCGCAGGCCCAAGACAUCGCGCAUCAUGCCCCAACUGCUCUCCCAUCUUCGGCCUCACCACAUCAACUGCACCAAACCCUCCCCGGCGAGGAUCAAGAGCGCCACGUCUCAGAGGCGCGUGCGGCCGUCGUCGCCUCCAUCGGGAACAUGCUUGACGGCGAGCUGCAAACGCGCGCUCGCAUGCUGCACUCCAACGCCGCGGCUCUGGACAAGCAGGAGCGGGACGUGGUCAACGCGACGGACGCGCUGCGCAAGGAAAAUGAUAAGCUGGCGCGGUUCGCGGGGGACGCGGCGCGUCGAGUCAAGGAGCUGGGUAACGUGCAGAACUGGGCCGAGGUGCUCGAGAGGGAUUUCCUGGUGCUCGAGGAGACAUUUCGGUUGGUAAGAGAGGGCAGCUGCGGGAGCGAUUGUAAGAGCUGUGGGAGCGGAAGUUGGAGUGGAAGUGGGAGCUGGAGCGGGAGCGAGGCUGGCGAUGGGGAAGGCGAUGCAAGGAUGGGAGACGACGGUGGAAAGGGGCUGGAUAAGGGGAAGAUGAAGCUAGGUCCGCAUGGGCUUGAUGCCGAGGCGAUGGAGGUUGAUGGUGGUCAUGAGGACUGCUCGGAAAGCCAGAGUUUGACCGAGGCCGAGUCGAGUAACGGCACGGAGGGGCAGGCGAAGGGGUCCGAGACGACGUCGAUUUCGACCUUGUGA